UCAUUUUGUCAACAAACUUUACCAGUGACUGUCGGUCUUACUUUAUUUUGAAGACAAUUAACAUGAAGCUGAACAUUGAUGGCUUGCUUGUUUACUUUCCGUAUGAAUACAUUUAUCCAGAACAGUACUUGUACAUGUUGGAGCUCAAAAGGUCAAUUGAUGCCAAGGGCCAUUGUGCACUGGAAAUGCCUUCAGGAACUGGCAAGACAAUAUCACUGUUGUCUCUUAUCAUGGCAUAUAUGAGAGCAUACCCACUUCAUAUUACUAAACUGAUAUAUUGCUCACGGACUGUUCCAGAACUUGAAAAGGUUGUUGAAGAGUUACGCUACCUGGUGAAUUACUAUGAAAAAGAGACAGGAGAAUAUCCAAACAUCUUGGGAUUGGCUCUGAGCUCUCGGAAGAACUUAUGUAUCAACCCUCAGGUAACACAGGAUCAUGAAGGAAGGACAAUUGACGGACGAUGUCAUGAACUAACAGUGUCGUUUGUAAGACAGAGACAUAAGACUGAUCCUUCCAUACCCAUCUGCAGAUUCUAUGAGGAUUUUGAUGCCCUUGGUCGGGAAAUUCCUCUUCCAGCUGGUGUAUAUGGAUUAGAUGAUUUGAAGGAUUAUGGAACGAAGAAAGGCUGGUGUCCAUACUUUCUGGCCAGAUAUGCUUUGUCUCAUGCAAACAUUGUUGUCUACAGUUACUAUUAUCUCCUUGAUCCCAAAAUUGCCGAGAUGGUUUCAAAAGAGCUAUCUAAGACUUCUGUAGUUGUGUUUGAUGAAGCUCAUAACAUAGAUAAUGUGUGUAUAGAAUCGAUGAGUGUGAAGAUGACCAGAAAGACACUGGACAAGUGCAGUCAGAAUAUUGACCGCUUAGAUAAACACAUUCAGAGAAUCAAGGAGCAUGAUGCUGAGCAGUUAAAGGAAGAGUAUCAUCGGCUGGUGGAAGGUUUGAGAGAUGCUAACGUUGCCAGGGAAACUGAUGUGGUGCUAGCAAACCCAGUUGUUCCAGAUGAAAUUUUGCAGGAGGCUGUACCAGGCAACAUUCGAACAGCAGAACAUUUUCUAGGUUUUAUGAAACGUUUCGUAGAAUAUCUGAAAACCCGUCUACGGGUGCACCAUAUGGUGUCAGAAAGUCCUCCAUCAUUUCUUAAGGACUGCUUCCAGAAAGUCUGCAUAGAGCGCAAACCUCUCAGAUUCUGUGCUGAGCGUCUAAGGUCACUACUGAGAACUCUUCAACUCACAGACAUUCAGGAUAUGUCGGCGCUUACUCUGGUUUCAAACUUUGCCACUUUAGUCAGUACAUAUGCAAAAGGAUUUGUUCUCAUCAUCGAGCCAUUUGAUGACCGCACACCAACCAUCAGCAACCCAAUACUGUACCUCAGUUGUAUGGAUGCCUCUAUUGCCAUAAAACCAGUGUUUGACAGGUUUCAGACUGUUGUUAUAACAUCAGGAACUCUUUCACCUCUGGAUAUGUACCCCAAAAUUCUGGAUUUCAGACCGGUCACGAUGGCUUCUUUUACCAUGACAUUGGCAAGGACUUGUCUGUGUCCAAUGAUUGUCAGCAAGGGAAAUGACCAGGUGGCUAUGACUUCCAAGUUUGAAACAAGAGAAGAUGUUGCUGUAAUAAGAAACUAUGGAAACCUCUUGGUAGAUAUGUCAGCAGUGGUGCCUGAUGGGAUAGCAUGUUUCUUUACAAGCUACAUCUACAUGGAAACAAUUGUGGCCUCAUGGUAUGAACAGGGUAUUAUUGAUCAGAUCCAGAAACACAAGCUUCUCUUCAUUGAGACCCAAGAUGCUGCUGAGACGUCUCUCGCUCUACUCAACUACCAGAAGGCUUGUGAAAAUGGAAGAGGAGCUGUCUUGCUUUCGGUUGCAAGGGGAAAGGUAUCCGAAGGGAUUGAUUUUGACCACCAUUUUGGCCGAGCUGUCAUUAUGUUUGGCGUUCCAUAUGUCUACACUCAGAGCCGUAUUUUAAAGGCCAGACUGGAAUAUUUGCGGGAUAAUUAUCAGAUUCGUGAGAACGACUUUCUGACGUUUGACGCCAUGAGACACGCGGCACAGUGUGUUGGACGGGUCUUAAGAGGGAAGACGGACUACGGGAUCAUGGUGUUCGCUGACAAGAGAUUUGCCCGGGCCGACAAACGGAACAAGAUACCACGUUGGAUCCAGGAACACCUGACAGACAACCUGUGUAAUCUGUCCAUUGAUGAAGCCGUCCAAGUCGGCAAGAGAUUCCUCAGACUGAUGGCACAACCUUUCAGUCGGGAUGAUCAGCUUGGCCACUCUCUACUAACUCUGGAACAGCUUCAAUCAGAAGAGAUGCAGAAAAAACUGGCAUCGAAAAUGCAGUAUGUGUGAGAACAUUAGAGCUGUCAUCAAAGUAUCUCACAGACAGACAUGCCAGACUCGUGGAAGUAUUGAGAAUACUAUCCGUGUUACUGGAUCCAUGGAUCCCAAAUAUGUGGACAAAGAAAUGAGCCAACAGGAAGAGCUGGAAAGGAGUAACUAGAACAGAGACAAAUGUCAAGAAACUAAAAUGGCAUUGUACAAAGAAAGAAACUGGAAGAGUUUUCUACAAGUGAAGAAACUGAAAUGAAGUAGAAUGUAAAGAAAUUGGAACCAUGUGGCACAUUGUGAAGAAGUUGGGACCAUGUUUUGCAUGUGGAAAAAUGUGAAUUAUUGGUGUACAUGGAACUAAGCUUACAUUGUGGUACCCUUGAUGAAACUAAGUAGAGUACAAAAAACUAAACCAUAUUGCUGAAAGAAGCUGAAACUGGUGAAGAAACGUGGACUGUAUUAUAUAUGUGAGGAAAGUGGAACUGGGUUGUAGUGUGAAGAAACUGGAAGUGUAUUAUAUAUGAGAGAAAAGUAAACUCUGUUGUAGUGUGAAGAAACUGGAAGUGUCUUAUAUAUGUGAGGAAAGUGAACCGUGUUGUAGUGUGAAGAAACUGGAAGUGUAUUAUAUAUGUGAGGAAAGUGAACUGGGUUGUAGUGUGAAGAAACUGGAAGUGUAUUAUAUAUGUGAGGAAAGUAAAACUGGGUUGUAGUGUAAAGAAACUGGAAGUGUAUUACCAGUAUAUAUGUGAGGAAAGUGAACUGUGUUGUAGUGUAAAGAAACUGGAAGUGUAUUACCAGUAUAUAUGUGAGGAAAGUGAACUGGGUUGUAGUGUGAAGAAACUGGAAGUGUAUUAUAUAAGGAAAGUGAACUGGGUUUUAGUGUAAAGAAACUGGAAGUGUAUUACCAGUAUAUAUGUGAGGAAAGUGAACUGUGUUGUAGUGUAAAGAAACUGGAAGUGUAUUAUAUAUGUGAGGAAAGUGAACUGUGUUGUAGUGUAAAGAAACUGGAAGUGUAUUACCAGUAUAUAUGUGAGGAAAGUGAACUGUGUUGUAGUGUAAAGAAACUGGAAGUGUAUUACCAGUAUAUAUGUGAGGAAAGUGAACUGUGUUGUAGUGUGAAGAAACUGGAAGUGUAUUACCAGUAUAUAUGUGAGGAAAGUGAACUGUGUUGUAGUGUGAAGAAACUGGAAGUGUAUUACCAGUAUAUAUGUGAGGAAAGUGAACCGUGUUGUAGUGUAAAGAAACUGGAAGUGUAUUACCAGUAUACAUGUGAGGAAAGUGAACCAUGUUGUAGUGUGAAGAAACUGGAAGUGUAUUAUAUAUGUGAGGAAAGUGAACCAUGUUGUAGUGUGAAGAAACUGGAAGUGUAUUAUAUAUAUAUGAGGAUAGUGAACUGUGUUGUAUUGCGAAGAAACUGGAAGUGUAUUACCGGUAUAUAUGUGAGGAAAGUGAACCAUGUUGUAGUGUGAAGAAACUGGAAGUGUAUUAUAUAUGUGAGGAAAGUGAACCGUGUUGUAGUGUAAAGAAACUGGAAGUGUAUUAUAUAUGUGAGGAAAGUGAACCGUGUUGUAGUGUAAAGAAACUGGAAGUGUAUUACCAGUAUACAUGUGAGGAAAGUGAACCGUGUUGUAGUGUGAAGAAACUGGAAGUGUAUUAUAUAUGUGAGGAAAGUGAACCGUGUUGUAGUGUGAAGAAACUGGAACUAUUGUAUUGUGCAGACAUUGCUAAUAAAUGAAGAACUAGAACUGUGCUAUACAUAGAAAGACAUUGAAAUUGUUAUAUGGGAACUGUGUUGUACAAACUGGAUAAGUUUUAUAAUUGUCAAGAAACUGGAAAUAAGUAGCUUCCCAAAGAAACUGAAACUAUGUGAAGAAAGUUAACAGAUGACAAUAACCCGGUCAUUUUUACUCAUUUACAUUUGUUUAAUUUCUCAACCAGGGCACUAUAAUAUUAAAGUUUAUAAAAUUUCAUGAUCAAACAUUUUAUAAAUCUGUUUUUGUAAAAAAUAAAAUAAAACGGGCAUUAAAAAUGUAUUUGUAAUUUAUAUACCGUAUGUUUGGUGUUGAUUUUUUUAGCAAAUUUCAGGGAGUAUAGUUUGGUAAUGUUGAUAAUGAAGUGUUUACUUUUUGGGGCCUAUAUACGGUAGGG